CUUCAAAGUCAAUUUUGCCUUUAAGCUGUCGUUGUUGUUGUUGUUUUGCCCGCCGCCCACAACCGAAGCAACCACAGAGCACACCAUCCAACGCUAACACCAAGCCGCACGAGCGAAGAUGGCCAGCCAACCGCAGCACAAAGGGAAGAGCAAGGAGCAGCCCUUGCCUGCACCGGCAGGAAAGCUCAGGCGAGGUACGCGCUCAUUCUCUGUCAUCGACCAGCGCCAAGUGAAGGAGGCCUUGGCACGACGCCGGCUAACGAGAGCAGAGAAGCGAGAGCGGAACAAAACCAUCGUCGGCACCCAAGCAUCCCAGCUCCAGCAGCGGCGAGAUGCCGACGACGACACGACGCCCCCGAGUGAGGAAAUGGACUCGCAGCUGAUGAAGGAGCUGGAGAUGCGCCGCGACAUCAUGAAACUGCAGAAGGAACACAUCCUGCAGCUCCAGACAGAGAUGAAGAAGGUCCAGGACGAAAACCAACUGCUCAUCCAGACACUAGCUUCCAAGGAGCGGCAGCUGAGCGAUUUGAGACUGAAGAUGGAGCUGUUGUCGGGUGACACCAUGAAAAUCCUGCAAGAGUCGAACCGGCGCCAGAGUUUGGUUGCCGAUGCGCAGCAGGAUGAACUGCAGGAGCACGAGCAAGUCAUCGAGGACCUGACGCAAGAGCGCGAUGAGGCCCUCGGCAAAGUGCAGAGCCUGCUUGGGCUGAUUGAGGACCUUGCCACGGCGCAGCAGGUCGAAGGGAAAGAGCACAUGGCCGAGUCUGCCCGCGCCGUCAAAUCUGCCCUCAAACUCACCGGCGACGACAAAUUUGCUGCACUCGCUGGUGUCCGCGAAGGCCUCCUCGCCCGUUGGUCGCAGGAGGACCUUGACCGAGAGGUUGCGCGCCAGAACGCGUUCUUGGACGAGUAUCUUGACAGCGUGACGCUCGAUGUCUCCGUCUCCACCGAUGACGGCGCCACGGACUCCAUGGUCCACCUCUCCUCAUUCCAACGAAGGAUGCGGCCGAAGCUGCGUGGACUCCUCCGGUCGACGAAUGACGUGCGCAUCCGCUCCACCGCCAUCAGCGAACCAGCCAGCGUCGCGCCCUCCCUCAACGCGUCCCUCAACCUCUCAUCCUCCUCGAACAGACACAAUGGCCUGCUUCGCUCGCCCUCCUCUGCGCUCCACAGUGACACGCUCCCUGCUCGCCCAUGGACUUCAUCGGGCCUUCCAUCCCGCACCGCCAACACCACACGCCACCGCCACCAUAGCCACCGCAGCCAUCAUCAACACCAUGGCGGUCCGUCUGCGCCAUUUAGCUCGCACGCGCUGAGCAGCACGUCGCGAAGUGCACACUCGCUCCACGUUCCAACAGCAUCAAGCGCGCGCACGCUUUCACAUGCGCACGCGCGCUCACCGCGUGCGACCAAUGGGCACACGCACACGUCGCGGCUGCUGUCGCCAUCACGCUCUGCUGGUUCUGUUCGUCCACGCACCGCAGAUGCCGCAUCAACGCGCCGGAGACCACACACCCACUUCAUCUACUGACAGCACCACUAGCU